UGCUAAUUCCCUAUUGAAAUCUUAUAAAUCUUACCGUCGGUGCUUAUUUAGUCUCGGGCCUCAAUAGAGACACAAUUCACUAAUCAUAAGAAUACAAAAGGCCUUUAAAUAUGUCUGUGGCAACAGAAAAUCUAGUCCGCAAUGCCGGAGGCUUUAGCCCUUUGAACACAUUUUCCUUACUUUUGGUCACAGCCCUUUCACUAUACUACUUAUAUUGGAGGGUAUCCAGAAGGCGCAUGUUGGAACUCGCCGAGAAAAUUCCUGGACCCAAAGGGUGGCCGAUAUUAGGAAACGCUUUGGAAUUCAUUGGAUCACCACACGAAAUUUUCAUGAGGGUUUAUCAAAAGUCAGAGGAGUUUGGUCGUUUGGCCAAAGUAUGGAUCGGGCCCAGGUUGCUGAUUUUCUUGACCGAUCCUAGAGAUGUCGAGCUGAUUCUUAGCAGUCACGUGCACAUUGACAAGUCACCAGAAUAUCGUUUCUUCAAACCUUGGUUGGGAGACGGUCUUUUGAUCUCUACCGGCCAAAAAUGGAGGGCCCACAGGAAAUUGAUUGCACCCACUUUCCACUUAAAUGUACUCAAAUCUUUUAUUGAUUUAUUCAACAAAAACAGCAGGGAAACUGUUAAGAAACUGGAAAAGGAAAUGGGCAAAGAGUUCGAUUGUCACGAUUACAUGUCCGAAGCUACUGUGGAAAUUUUGUUGGAAACUGCCAUGGGUGUGAGCAAAAAAACCCAAGACCAAAGCGGCUACGAUUACGCCAUGGCCGUAAUGAAACUUUGUGACAUUUUGCACAUCAGACAAACCAAAAUCUGGCUUUACUCCGACUACAUCUUCAACCUAACCAAAAUUAGCAAGUACCAAAAAAGCCUCAUCAACACCAUCCACAGUUUGACUCGUAAAGUAAUCAAAAAGAAGCGCGAGUACUUCAUGGAAGGUAUCCGUGGUUCCACUGCUGAAGUACCCGAAGAGCUAAAAUCACACAAAUAUGAAUUGAGUACCAGCACCAAAACAACCACCCUAGAAGGCACUUCAUAUGGACAAAGUGACGGACUAAAAGACGAUCUUGAUGUCGAUGACGAUGUAGGCGAAAAGAAACGUAUGGCCUUCCUGGAUCUACUCAUUGAAGCUUCCCAAAACGGCGUAGUAAUCAACGACGAAGAAAUCAAAGAACAAGUAGACACUAUUAUGUUUGAAGGCCACGAUACCACUGCGGCUGGAUCCAGUUUCUUCUUAUGUCAAAUGGCCGCUCAUCCAGAAAUCCAAGAAAGAGUUGUCCAAGAGUUGAACGAAAUCUACCAGGGCUCAGACAGGCCUGCAACAUUCGCUGACACUUUGGAAAUGAAAUAUUUGGAAAGAUGUUUGUUGGAGACUCUUAGGUUAUUCCCUCCUGUACCAAUUAUUGCCCGUCAGCUUCAACAAGAAGUACAAUUGGCUUCUGAUCCAAAUUUGAGGCUACCAGCAGGAGCUACAAUAGUUGUAGCCCAAUUUGGAACCCACCGAUUGGCCGAAUACUAUCCAAACCCUGAACAAUACAAUCCUGACAACUUCUUGCCUGAAAAGGCAGCCAACAGACAUUACUAUGCAUUUAUACCUUUCAGUGCUGGCCCUAGAAGCUGUGUCGGUCGUAAAUACGCUAUGCUAAAAUUGAAGAUUCUACUUUCAACAAUUUUGAGGAACUACAAAAUCACUUCAAACUUGAAGGAAAACGAUUACAAGUUGCAAGGUGAUAUUAUUUUGAAGAGGCAAGAUGGGUUCAGGAUUAAGUUGGAACCCAGGAAGUUUGCGGGAACCGUCAAGGCGUAGAAAUGUUAUAUUAUGAUACCCACCCUAAGGCUAGUCGUGACUGUUUUGUAUUUAUUUAGUUAGGAAGCAUUGGAACAAGUAAAUGUUCAAUAAUAUACAAGGUUGUUUUAUUUGCAAAUUAGUGGACUUUGG